AUGAUAUCUCCUUCGCCCGAAACUAUCCCCAUCGUCGACUUCUCGCGGUAUUCUACCGACUUGCCUUCCCUCGCUCGCGAAAUCAAGCAGGUCUGCGGGACAUGGGGGUUUCUCUACCUCAAUAACCACGGCUUGCCACAAUCAGCCAUCGAUCGCAUGUUCGACAUCAGCGCGACCUUCUUCAAAACCACCCCUCGCGCGGAGAAAGCAUCGACGCCGUGGAGCAGCAUCGUCAAUGCCGGCUACGAUGCGAAGACCGGCACCGAAGGAUAUUUCAAGGAGCACGGUGCCAAGGAGCGUGUUUCAGCCGUGGACGAGAAGGAGGUAUUCGUGAUUCGGAAGCAGGCGUCUUAUGACCAACCUAUGCCGCCCUCUCUGAAAAAAUUCAACCCCGAGAUUCAGGCGUUUAUGGGGGAGGUACAUGAGAAGAUCGCCGUGCCGUUGCUCUCAUGCCUUGGGGUUGGUUUGGGUCUCUCGGCCGACCGUCUUCCACAGAUCCAUCAGCAUGAAAGUCCAUCGAUGACCACUCUCCGACUCAUCCACUAUCCCGCCCUUCCGCCCAGCGACACCGCCAAAGUCCGCCUGGGAUCUCAUACAGAUCAGGGGGUGAUCACCAUUCUCUUCCAGAACCUCGUCGGCGGCCUCCAGAUACGACCGCCCAAGUACACGGGUCCUAUCAAGGACGACGAGGUAUGGCUCGAUGCCCCCGUCAUCCCAGGGGCAGUGCUCAUCAACAUCGGCGAGACCAUGACCUUCUUUUCCGGCGGACUCAUGAAGUCCACGCUGCACCGCGUCACUCGAUCCCCGUUGCCCGAGGAUCAGGGCAAAGAGAGGUUCUCGAUGGCGUACUUCUGCCAUCCGAACAUCGACACGUUGCUGGAGGUCCUGCAGGGGAUUGAAGGGGAAGAUGGAAAGGCAGUGCAGCAAAAAGAGCCGCCAAUAAGUUGUGUAACAGGUCAAAGGGUCAAGACGGUCAAGGAGUGGAUCGAACACAGGCAUUCGAUGGGCCGCUUAGAGAAGGUUAAGUGA